AUGGUGUUCAGAAGGAAAAACAAGAAAUCGUCCACAAGCAAUCUCACAAGUCUAACGCAAAGCACUACACACGGUUCAAUCACUGGUAAAUCGAGGUUCUACAGAGAGGAGUCAUGGGUGAAGGUGAACCCUCGGCUCGAACCACAGCUCGACGGCGAGAUGGUGAAAGCUAUGUCACAACCAGGGCCUUACGACUAUCCAUUACCAUCGUCAUCUUCGUCGUGCUCGGGAAUUGUCGCUAGGACGUACGACAAAAGAGAUGUAGCCGCUUUGUCGGCCCGUAUACAAAAAAUGGAACGUGCAUUAGAUCUGUCCAAGUACAUAGCUCAAGUUGAAAAGUUACUCGCUCAACCUAUCAAGAUACCAGGGUCUACUCUGGUUCAUCACCAAGGACGUGGUCCUAACAACAGGCGCCCAAGUAUUUUUUCAGCAAAAGGAAUUUACCCUACUGAAGAAAUAAGGAAACAUAAGCUUUCCAAGCUGUUCAAUUUCCAAAACGUGAAGGAGCGAGAAUGGCUGCAGGAAAUUUUGCUGGAGGAGAGUGAUUCAGACGAUGAUGGCGAAAUGCUGUUCACAGUGAGAGACAUCCGCGCCGCGGUGAAGGUGCAUCAAAUGCGACGAAAACUUCAGAAGCGCUACCAUAGUGAUCGAUCAAACAGCCAAUUCACAUAUUAUUCCGCUGGACUACUCAGCAAUGAUGAUCCAUUCCCGGAUCAUCAAUCGAUGAUCCUGCGGAAUUUGACGCAAAAUCGAACCGAAUGA